CUUUCUUUCUAAGAUCGAGAGCCACUUCUGGUUAGCCGCCGACACGCGGCGGUUAGCCACCGCGCCCCCUUCUCUCGCCGCCGAAGGAGGAAACCUCACUUCCUCUACGGGCAUAACGUGAAUGAACUCACUCCCCGGCUCCCGGUACCCGCCUUUCUGUCUCCCUACCCCAGCCCGCCUGAUGCUCGAGGAAAGCGAUCUGCGACACGCGCGCCGGCCGAGGAUGACACACCACCUCGCCCCUGCAAAAGGCGUCGCGCCCCACCCGCGCGCGCCAGCCAAGCAGCCCCCACGCCGCCCCAACUCCGGGCGGAAAAGCGCGGCGCAGCCGCACCCGCGCGCUGUCACCCGAGGUGCCCACUUCCCCCUCCCGGCCUCAGCACUUUCACUUCCUCCCCGCUGGGCAUCUGCUUCCGGGGCACGGAGGCCCCGCCCCUCCUCGGCUCCAACCCUCCUCAGCCCGAGGAGGGGGGAGGCCAGGGGGUGGGGAUGAGCUCGUUGUUUGUUUACACGAUGUGAGCGGAAAAGGAGACCAAUAAAGUUUAUUCUGGAAACAAAAGGGGAAAAAAAACAGGGGUGACAGAGAAAGGAGACGGGGGCGGGGGCGUGUGGCGGGGGCUCGCCCGGAGAGGCAACGAGAAGGAGAAAGCGGUAGUUCCGGUGCCGCCGCCGCGGCCGCUGAGGUCUCGGGCUGCUGCCGCCGCGGCUGCUGGGGCUGGGGCGGCCGGCGAGGCAGGGCUCGGGCCCGGCCGGGCAGCUCCGGAGCGGCGGGGGAGAGGGGCCCGGAGGCGGGGGCCGCGCCGCCGGCUCUCCUCUCCCUCGGCGCCGCCGCCGCCGCCGCCCGCGGGGCUGGGACCCGAUGCGGCUGGAGCCGCGGAGGCUGGAGCAGCUCCGAGCAUUUCUGCUUUGGGACAGCCACACAUCUAAUUCCUUAAAGUAGUUUUAUAUGUAAAACUUAUAAAGGAUCAGAACAAUGCCUCCAAGACCAUCAUCAGGUGAACUGUGGGGCAUCCACUUGAUGCCCCCAAGAAUCCUAGUAGAAUGUUUACUACCAAAUGGAAUGAUAGUGACUUUAGAAUGCCUCCGUGAGGCUACAUUAGUAACUAUAAAGCAUGAACUAUUUAAAGAAGCAAGAAAGUACCCUCUCCAUCAACUUCUUCAAGAUGAAUCUUCUUACAUUUUCGUAAGUGUUACCCAAGAAGCAGAAAGGGAAGAAUUUUUUGAUGAAACAAGACGACUUUGUGAUCUUCGGCUCUUUCAACCCUUUUUAAAAGUAAUUGAGCCAGUAGGCAACCGUGAAGAAAAGAUCCUCAAUCGAGAAAUUGGCUUUGCUAUCGGCAUGCCAGUGUGUGAAUUUGACAUGGUUAAAGAUCCAGAAGUACAGGACUUCCGAAGAAAUAUUCUGAAUGUUUGUAAAGAAGCUGUGGAUCUUAGGGAUCUUAAUUCACCUCACAGUAGAGCAAUGUAUGUUUAUCCUCCAAAUGUAGAAUCUUCACCAGAAUUGCCAAAACACAUAUAUAAUAAAUUAGAUAAAGGGCAAAUAAUAGUGGUGAUUUGGGUAAUAGUUUCUCCAAAUAAUGACAAGCAGAAGUAUACUCUGAAAAUCAACCAUGAUUAUGUGCCAGAACAAGUAAUUGCUGAAGCAAUCAGGAAAAAAACUCGAAGUAUGUUGCUAUCAUCUGAACAACUAAAACUUUGUGUUCUAGAGUAUCAGGGCAAAUAUAUUUUAAAAGUGUGUGGAUGUGAUGAAUACUUCCUAGAAAAAUAUCCUCUGAGUCAAUAUAAGUAUAUAAGAAGCUGUAUAAUGCUUGGGAGGAUGCCCAAUUUGAUGCUGAUGGCUAAGGAAAGCCUUUACUCGCAGCUGCCAAUGGACUGUUUUACAAUGCCAUCUUAUUCCAGACGCAUCUCCACAGCUACACCAUAUAUGAAUGGAGAAACCUCUACAAAAUCCCUUUGGGGUAUAAAUAGUGCACUCAGAAUAAAAAUUCUUUGUGCAACCUAUGUAAAUGUAAAUAUUCGAGACAUUGACAAGAUCUAUGUUCGAACAGGUAUCUACCAUGGAGGAGAACCCUUAUGUGAUAAUGUGAACACUCAAAGAGUACCUUGUUCCAAUCCUAGGUGGAAUGAAUGGCUGAAUUAUGACAUAUACAUUCCUGAUCUUCCUCGUGCUGCUCGGCUUUGCCUUUCCAUUUGUUCUGUUAAAGGUCGAAAAGGUGCUAAAGAGGAAACCCCAUGCUUAGAGAUGGAGUUUGACUGGUUCAGCAGUAGUGUGGUAAAGUUUCCAGAUAUGUCAGUGAUUGAAGAGCAUGCCAACUGGUCUGUGUCCCGAGAAGCAGGAUUUAGUUAUUCCCAUGCAGGACCGAGUAACAGACUAGCUAGAGACAACGAAUUAAGGGAAAAUGAUAAAGAACAGCUCCGAGCAAUUUGUACCCGAGAUCCUCUCUCUGAAAUCACUGAGCAGGAGAAAGAUUUUCUUUGGAGCCACAGACACUAUUGUGUAACUAUCCCUGAAAUUCUACCCAAAUUGCUUCUGUCUGUUAAAUGGAAUUCUAGAGAUGAAGUAGCUCAGAUGUACUGCUUGGUAAAAGACUGGCCUCCAAUCAAACCCGAACAAGCUAUGGAGCUUCUGGACUGCAACUACCCAGACCCUAUGGUUCGAAGUUUUGCUGUUCGAUGCUUAGAAAAAUAUUUAACAGAUGACAAACUUUCUCAGUAUCUAAUUCAGCUAGUACAGGUCCUAAAAUAUGAACAGUAUUUGGAUAACCUGCUUGUGAGAUUUUUACUCAAAAAAGCGUUGACUAAUCAAAGGAUUGGGCACUUUUUCUUUUGGCAUUUAAAAUCUGAGAUGCACAAUAAAACAGUUAGUCAGAGGUUUGGCCUGCUUUUGGAAUCCUACUGCCGUGCAUGUGGGAUGUAUUUGAAGCACCUGAACAGGCAAGUCGAGGCUAUGGAAAAGCUCAUCAACUUAACUGACAUUCUCAAACAAGAGAAGAAGGAUGAGACUCAAAAGGUACAGAUGAAAUUUUUAGUUGAGCAGAUGCGGCGACCAGAUUUCAUGGAUGCUCUACAGGGCUUUCUAUCUCCUCUAAAUCCUGCUCAUCAAUUAGGGAAUCUCAGGCUUGAAGAGUGUCGAAUUAUGUCCUCUGCAAAAAGGCCACUGUGGUUGAAUUGGGAGAACCCAGACAUCAUGUCAGAGUUACUCUUUCAGAACAAUGAGAUCAUCUUUAAAAAUGGGGAUGAUUUGCGGCAAGAUAUGCUAACACUUCAAAUUAUUCGCAUUAUGGAAAAUAUCUGGCAAAAUCAAGGUCUUGAUCUUCGAAUGUUGCCUUAUGGCUGCCUGUCCAUUGGGGACUGUGUGGGGCUCAUUGAGGUGGUGAGAAACUCUCACACCAUCAUGCAGAUCCAGUGCAAAGGGGGCCUGAAAGGGGCCCUGCAGUUCAACAGCCACACGCUGCACCAGUGGCUCAAGGACAAGAACAAAGGGGAAAUAUAUGAUGCAGCCAUUGAUCUGUUUACACGUUCAUGUGCUGGAUAUUGUGUCGCUACCUUCAUUUUGGGAAUUGGAGAUCGUCACAAUAGCAACAUCAUGGUUAAAGAUGAUGGACAACUGUUCCAUAUAGAUUUUGGACACUUUUUGGAUCACAAGAAGAAAAAAUUUGGUUAUAAACGAGAACGUGUGCCAUUUGUUUUGACACAAGAUUUCUUAAUAGUGAUUAGUAAAGGAGCCCAGGAAUGCACCAAGACAAGAGAAUUUGAGAGGUUUCAGGAGAUGUGUUACAAAGCUUAUCUAGCUAUCCGGCAGCAUGCCAAUCUCUUCAUAAAUCUUUUCUCAAUGAUGCUUGGCUCUGGGAUGCCAGAACUACAAUCUUUUGAUGAUAUUGCAUACAUUCGAAAGACCCUAGCUUUAGAUAAAACUGAGCAAGAGGCUUUGGAAUAUUUCAUGAAACAAAUGAAUGAUGCACAUCAUGGUGGCUGGACAACAAAAAUGGAUUGGAUCUUCCACACAAUUAAGCAGCAUGCUUUGAACUGAAUGAUCACUAAGAAAUUGAAAGCUCGAUAUUGGAUUCUAGUCUGCACUGUUAAUAACUGUCAACAGGCAAAGACUGAUUGCAUAGGAAUUGCACAAUCCAAGAACAGCAUUAGAAUUUACAGCAAGAACAGAAAUAAAAUACUAUAUAAUUUAAAUAAUGCAAAUGCAAACAGGGUUUGAUAGCACUAAACUAGUUCAUUUCAAAAUUAAGCUUUAGAAUAAUGCGCAAUUUAAUGUUAUGCCUUAAGUCCAAAAAGGUAAACUUUGAAGAUUGUUUGUAUCUUUUUUUAAAAAACAAAACAAACAAAAAAAACCCAAAAUAUAUAGAAAUGAUGGAGAAGGAAAAAGAAUGAUGCUCUUUUUUGUCUUGCAAAUGUUCUAUGUUAUGAAAUGUGGACACGCAAAGUCUAUUAUUGCAUUAGGUCCAGAUAAACUGGAGUUUGAUGUUAAAUUACAUUAAGAUGGGAAAUAAUGAAAUUUCUUAUUUUUUUUCAUUGCUGUUCAACUUAUAGUUUGAAGUGGGUUUUUGACUCCUUGUUUAAUGAAGAAAAAUGCUUGGGGUGGAAGGGACUCUUGAGAUUUCACCAGAGACUUUUCUUUCUUAAUCAAACCUUUUAAUGAUUUGGGGUCUUAUCUGCAAAGUUUUGGAAGCAGUCACAAAUGAGACCUGUUAUAGGGUGGCUUUUGGGUUUUUUCUGGACAGUAUUUGCAAGAAUCUGAUUCUUAUUUCCCAGGGAAAUUCUGGGAGCCCAUAAAGUAAAAUAAUCAUAGAGAAAGAAUGAGCAGGAAUAGUUCCUGCUUCAGAAUUGUACAGUAUUCACCUUAAGUUGAUUUUUUUCCUCCUUUUGCAAUUGAUGAAUUGAAUACAUUUUUCAUGCAUGUUUUCCAGAAAAAUAGAAGUGAGUAUUAAUGUUAUUAAAAAGAUUAUUUUUUUUAUUAAAGGCUAUUUAUAUUAUAGAAACUAUCAUUAAUAUAUAUUCUUUAUUUCAUGAUCUGUCCCAUAGUCAUGCAUUGUUUUGCACCCCAAAUUUUUUAUUGUUCAUAUCAGCAAUGGUCAGCUCUUCUCUUGGUCUUUGGAGAAGGCUCAGGCACUAUCCCAUUUAUACCAAUACUAGUGAAUAACUACUUAAAGAAAACAGAUUAAAGUUUAUCCUUUUUUUUCUUUCUCUUUUUACAUGAAUCCCCCAUCUUCCAUCCUCUUUUAUAGUUCAGAAUGCCUCAAUGGUAUGAAAUUAGUUACCAAAAUUAAUACAAUUUAGAGUAUCUUCCUGAUUGCUUAAACCUCUACAGAGGUAUGCUUAUGAAUAAUACUUUAUAAUAUGGGGAAAUAGAAACCAUGAACUUUUUACCAUUGUAGGCUAUUUAUCCAAUAUCUCAAUAAUAAAAGCAGGAUUAUGUCCCAUUUCCAAGUGGUCAGGGCUCACUCUCCAGAGAACUUCAUUAAAUUGCAGUUGAGCACAGGAUACAUUCUUAAACAUUUUGAAAAACAUUAACCCAAGAUGUAGGGGCUAAGGCUAGUCAUCACUCCAGAAUCUGAUAUUUUACUCAGUAUUUGAAAUGAAUGAUUAAUUCCCUAGGAAAUAGUUUUAGCAAAUGUUCAGGUGCCACACCAGAGAAAGUGCAAUAAUUUACUGACAGUUUUCUAGAUUAGGCAUAUUAUUGGAAUACAACUUUAUAAAGAGCACACAUUGUAUACUCUAGUGAAACAGCAUCACUAAAAAAUCUUCACUUAUGAAAUCAGUUACCUAUAGUCUUGAAUAGUGAACAAGGACUCUAAUACAAAUACUCUUAAUAUUUGGCUAUUUUAGAACCCUUAAAGGGUGUAAUUAUUGAAGAUUUAGGUACUUCACUAAGGCAUGUAUAUAAUAUUGCCAACAGGAAAAAUAAAUUUGAAGAUUAGGGGAACUUAUUUCUCUAAACUGUUUUGGAAUAGUUCAGAAGAAUUUAAACUCUAUUAAGCAGGAAAACAAUCUAUUCUUUUGCAGAAGAUUUCAUAACUUAUUAAAACUUCAUCAUUCAUAUUUUGUGUCUUAGAUCUAUUCAGUUAUAAUACAUACUACCAUCCCAGUCUUUUCUGUAUCAGGAAUUGAUUACAGGAAAACUCACUGAAAUGAUACAAGUCUGAGACUCUGUUGGUGGAAAGUGAAGUUUUAACAGAGAACCAACCGUGUUUUACCUGAGUGCCAAAAAAGCUUUGAGCUUCCUUGCACAGAAUUUAUACAAUUUUUGCUCUUUCCACAUUAAUUCAGUUAGUCCACUUUCCCUGGGACCUCUCCACCAUUAAAACACAUGCCACAUACCAUAUUUCAUCAUUGACAUUUAUUUUCAAGAGUUAUUACAACCAAAUUAAGUCUGUUUGAGAGGUUUAAACACAUUUUAUAAAGAAUAGAGAUUAAGUGAUCUAGCUAAAAGCAAAGUAAAUAUUAAACAAAUCCAAGCAGAGUUUAGGCAAACAGCAUUAAAAAUAAGAAAAAAGGGACAGGUGGUUCUCAGAAGACAAAGAACCAAAAACUGAAUUAAAUGCUAUAUGGGAGACUAGGCUGUUUUAAAUUAUGACAACAUAGUUGCUUCCAGGUACUUUAGUAUCAGAGAUCAAUUCCAAUUGAUCACUCCCUAUGGCCAGCCAUACGUCAUUGAAUGUGGUAUAACUAACUAUUGGCUCUACAGUUUCAUUUGGUCACUUGAGCAAUAUUUCCUUCAAUGACUAUUUUGGAGGGGGGAGGAGCAGGUUUAAAGAAAGUAAGACCUAAUUUUAAACACAUUCUAGCAAGAAAUAACCCACUGUUCGAAAGUCAUGCUUUAACUUUUUGUUACAUUCUCAGCUAUACAAAAUUGUGUAUUUUAAAAUUUUUUACACUGCUGUUAAUUUGAAAUCUGUUAAUCAUAUUGUGGAAUUUGGUGUGUUUUUUUAAAAGAUGUUUCUAAUUGGAUUUUUUAAUCAAGAAUGGAAUUUGGUCUCUAUUUUCUGAUAGAACCUAAGCUUUUUGUGGUUCUUAGUGUCCUGUGUAAAACUUAGUGUCAAAGUAAUCAACUUUGAGGUUUUCCCUUCUACUCUGCUUUAUAUUACAAGCCCUUUAGGAAAUGGAACCUGGUGAAUAUACAAUGAAUUGUAAAAUAUUUUAAUGUGUAACUUUUUCAACUGUGAAACUAUGACUAUUGGUUUUUUGAUGAAAACAACUGCUGAUAAAGUAUUUUGUGUAAAGUGUAGUUCUUAUUAGUCAGGAAAAUAAUCAAUGACUUGAUUAGAAUGUAUAUACCCUCUUGGAUUUUAUUUUAAGUGGAUUGGUAAUUUUCACAUAGGUAAAACACAGUCCAACUGUAUUUUUUCCAUCAAAAGCUGUGUGAUUUGGCAUUCUUAAAAAAUUAUAAGCAGCCCAUCUAUUCUAAAGGCACCAUGGAAAUUUCAUAGCAUAUAAACCUGAAUUUGUUUCUUAAUGAUUUUGUAAAUCCAUUUAAUUCAUAUUCUGGCUAUUGCCUAUGCUUGCCAGCUCUUUGGAGAAAUUUAAUUCCUAGCAUUAGUUUAAAGCCAGCAGGUUAACUCUUUGUGAAUGUUAUAAAGUUCCUUUUGUUUCAUUGCCUGCACCAACAGCAGACCUGGGCUGGACCCACACACUCAGAAUCCACCUUAAAAAAUUAAUUUUGAUGUCCAGGACAUCACUGUAGUAUUUCAAUUGAAAGGCCAUAUAUGGUGUUAAUGGAUUGUGGUGCUUCUACUAUUUAAAAACAACUUUCAUACUUCAGAUGUGUUUGAGAAGAGGGGAAUCGGGGGUGAGGGGGGUACAAAACAGGGAGGAGUUGUUUGAAUGAAUUACAUUCUUCAUAUCCUGCUCAGAUGUGGCAUGAAAGAAGGCUGAAAGUUGUGAGAAUAUAUUGUGCAUACCACAAGGGAAUUAACCCUUCAUCAAGGAUGGGAUUGUGAAGGCUGAACUAUAAGAUUCAGCAUUGACAGGAUACUCAGAUAAUCAUUCUUGGUGACAGAAUAAUACAGCUGGGCUGUUUUUUUUAAAUAUAGACACAAACCAUUUUUAUUUUUUAAUUAUUACAUUAAAAAUUGUAAAUGAAUCUUAUGUGCCAUGGCCUGGAAAGCCUUUUUUCUUUUCUGUUAAACGUUAUGUUCACUUUCUGAAAAGACUAGGGCUUAGCUCAAGAUAACUGUGGUCCUGAUAAAAUUAGAUUGGUAACUCUACCUCAGAAGGUUAAUAAGGAAAUAAAAUAGAUGAGUCACAAUCCAAUACUUUAGGCUCUGAUAUUACCGAAAUUUGCAGAGCACUGUAUUUGAGAUUUAUAGUCAGAGUUGGCAUGCCUUGUUUUUAAUGGCAUUGGAGACAUUAAGAAAAAAAAUAUUGGUUAAAAAUUUAAUCAUUGCUCCAGCCAUUUGGCAAAGGCAUAGUGCUAGGAGGUUCAUGGUACUAGGUUCUUGAAUUUGAUAUUUAAAAUUAGUUGUGUUCUCUUUUCUUAAUUAUUAGUGAAAUUAGUGUGUGUAUAUGUGCACACAUUUCUAUUUGUAUACACUCUGCUUGCUAGUUCUAGUCAAGAGGCAUCUUUUAUAAAAGAUGUAAACAUCCAGGUUCUAAAAUUCAGAAGAGUUUAGAAUUUAUUAGGAGUUUCCCAAGUUGGGAUGGUAGUUUUUAAAUAAGCUUAUUUCAUUCAAGUAUUCCACUUGAUUAAAGUUUUGCACUUCUUUUUUAUCAAUGCAGCGCCAUUCCUUUUGCUUAGAUAUGUUAAUAUUACAGCCAUGCUGGCUAGCAUAUAGUGACAGUUAUGAGCCAUCAGGAAAUUUUCUGACUUAAUUUUUACACAAUUACAUAUAAGUUUCAACAGGGAGGGGAAAAAAACUAUUGAAUAAAAGCAGUCCCUUUUACAUUUAGUAUAGUUGGGUAACUGAUUUUCACUACUAACCAUAGACUCCAUUCCACAAGUUGGUAAGUAUGGAAAGGGGCUUUUUAAACGUACUUUGUAAGCUAUUCAGGUCUAUGAAUCUAUCUGAAAUCAUAUUUAAUUUGUCACUACAAUAAUUUUGUGGUUAUGCUAAGAGACAUGUACAUUUUUUAAGUGAAAAAUUUUUGUUAAUACUUCUAAGUUAGGAAGGAGGCAGAAAACCAACUUGGAUAUUUUCUCAAAAUAUCUUUAAUAAGACUGAACUCCUUAAUUCUAGUGUAAAUUUCCAAAUGUGGUCAUUAUCUAUUGAUUUCAUAAGUAACGGCCCCUUACCAGAUUUAAUUUAUGUUCCUAUGAGUGGUCAGUGAAGUUGGCCUUCCUCUGAUUUCAAAUGCAAUCAAUGGUUUUAAUAUGAUUUUGUCCUUGUACUUAAGUUGAAUAAAACCUAAAAGAAUGUGUCCUUUUGGAACAUAACACUUUAACAGCUUGGGGAAUGUGGCACUACCAAACGACUACUAACCCAUCAAAUGUUGACUUUGGGAAUUUUAAAAAUAGCUCCUACCACCCUUUUAGCCCCACUUAUUGUAGCAAAUCGAUCUCACUCUAUUUUGUCAUUCAAUGAAUUGAAGUCCUGUGGUAUAUAUACUACAUUCGUUAGGAGAAAAAUGUUUUUAAAUGUUCUUUUAAUGAUGGCCCAAAAAGUAUUUGACACAGCAAGGUGCAUGUGUUAUUGUACUGAGAAUAUAGAAUAAUAGUGUCACUAAAUUUAAGACCUCUUCCCAGUCUUGCUGUUCCUAGCAAGAAGCUUGGCCUGUGACUGCACUUAUGUUUGUGCUCAUCAGAAACUGUCAAUGUCUGCUUUUCUUUAACUUCGUAGUCUGUAACAUCACACUGUUUAUUAAAAAAAGAAAAUUACUUUGA